GCUGGAAGUAUCACUGCCAUUACACAAUCAAGACGCUCUUUAUAUCUAUAUAUAAAUCUUUAUUCACAGACCCUUGUGUUUCUCAAUUAUACUCUUUCUUCUCUGAUCGAUCCAUCCAGAUCCCUACUUGUUUUCUCUUGGGUCAGAUUCGAUCUGCGAACCCCAUUGAUGUCCAAUUGGGUUUGACUCUUUUGGUUUCUGCGGCGUCUGAUACGGUGAUAUCACAUUCAGAUCCCUGGUUAUGUUUACCGGAUGCGAUUGAUUCUUGAGAUUUCGUAUUGAUUGAUCGCUCUUCUAAGCAAAGGGGAAUGGAAUCGGAAGGAGAAACUGGGGGGACUUCUGUGAAGAAUGUUGGGACUCAGGUUUGCCAGAUCUGUGGUGAUAACGUUGGCACCGCGAUGACUGGAGAACCUUUUGUUGCCUGUGAUGUCUGUGCAUUUCCAGUUUGCAGGCCUUGCUAUGAAUACGAGCGAAAGGAUGGCAAUAAGUCUUGCCCUCAAUGCAAAACCAGAUAUAGAAGACUUAAAGGAAGCCCUGCUAUUUCUGGAGACAGAGAGGAGGAUGUUGACGUAGAUGAUGAAACCACCAACUUCCCUUUCUCAUCGGAAACUCAAAAUGAGAAACAGAAGACUGCAGAGCGCAUGUUGAACUGGCAAAUGACGUAUGGACGAGGGGAAGAUACUAAUGCUCCAAAUUACGAUAAAGAGGUCUCUCACAACCACAUACCUUUACUCACCAAUGGACAUGAGGUUUCUGGUGAGUUGUCUGCUGCUUCUCCUCAACGCCUUUCGGUAUCCUCUCCUCCACCCGGUGGGGAAAGACUCACACAUUCGCUCCCUUAUGCUGCAUAUCAUCAAUCUCCUAAUAUCAGAGCUGUGGACCCUGUGAGAGAGUUUGGAUCCACGGGAUUAGGAAAUGUUGCAUGGAAAGAAAGAGUUGAUGGGUGGAAGAUGAAACAGGACAAGAAUGUGGUUCCAAUGACAACGAGCCGUGCUGCCUCCGAAAGAGGUCAAGAUAUUGAUGCCAGUACUGAUGUCCUGGUUGACGAUUCAUUGCUGAAUGAUGAAGCCCGACAGCCACUUUCAAGGAAAGUGUCUAUUCCAUCAUCAAAGAUAAAUCCAUACAGGAUGGUUAUCGUACUUCGGCUGGUUAUUCUUUGCAUCUUCUUGCACUACCGUAUAACGAAUCCUGUAACUAAUGCAUAUCCACUAUGGUUGCUCUCUGUUAUUUGUGAGAUUUGGUUCGCCGUAUCUUGGAUAUUGGAUCAGUUCCCUAAAUGGCUUCCAAUAAAUCGCGAGACUUAUCUUGACAGGCUAUCUCUAAGGUAUGAACGGGAAGGGGAACCAUCACAACUAGCUGCUGUUGACAUUUUUGUUAGUACUGUGGAUCCUUUAAAGGAACCUCCUCUUGUCACAGCAAAUACCGUCUUAUCCAUUCUUGCAGUUGACUACCCAGUUGACAAGGUUUCUUGCUACGUUUCGGAUGAUGGUGCUGCCAUGUUGUCAUUUGAGUCGCUUUCAGAAACAUCAGAGUUUGCAAGGAAAUGGGUUCCAUUUUGCAAGAAAUACAACAUCGAGCCACGAGCUCCUGAAUGGUACUUUAACCAGAAGAUUGACUACUUGAAAGAUAAAAUUCAACCAACAUUUGUUAAAGAUCGCAGAGCUAUGAAGAGAGAAUAUGAAGAGUUCAAAAUUCGUGUAAAUGGCCUUGUUGCAAAGGCUCAGAAAGUCCCCGAUGAAGGAUGGAUCAUGCAAGAUGGUACACCAUGGCCUGGGAAUAAUACGAGGGAUCAUCCCGGAAUGAUCCAGGUUUUCUUAGGUCAGAAUGGAGGGCUUGACAGUGAGGGUAAUGAGUUGCCACGAUUAGUUUAUGUUUCCAGAGAAAAGCGUCCAGGAUUUCAACAUCACAAGAAAGCUGGUGCCAUGAAUUCCCUUGUUCGUGUGUCUGCAGUCCUUACCAAUGGCCCAUUUUUGUUGAAUCUUGAUUGUGAUCAUUACAUUAACAAUAGUAAGGCUAUUAGAGAAGCUAUGUGCUUUAUGAUGGAUCCAAAUCUUGGAAAAUAUGUAUGUUAUGUUCAGUUUCCACAGAGAUUUGACGGUAUUGACAGAAACGAUCGAUAUGCUAACCGAAACACAGUGUUCUUUGAUAUUAACUUGAGAGGUUUGGAUGGUAUUCAAGGUCCUGUUUAUGUGGGUACUGGAUGUGUCUUCAACAGAACAGCGUUAUAUGGUUAUGAACCUCCUCUUAAGCCUAAGAAGAAGAGAGAAGAAGGUUUCUUCUCUUCCUGCUUUGGUGGGUCACGAAAGAAAAGUUUGAAAUCAAGUAAGAAGGGAUCAGAUAAAAAGAAAUCAAGCAAGCAUGCUGAUCCCACUGUGCCAGUAUUCAACCUGGAGGAUAUUGAAGAGGGGGUCGAAGGUGCUGGGUUUGAUGAUGAGAAGUCAUUGCUUAUGUCACAAAUGUCACUCGAGAAAAGAUUUGGGCAGUCAGCUGUUUUUGUUGCAUCCACACUUAUGGAGAAUGGAGGCGUGCCUCAAUCUGCAGCACCAGAGACUCUCCUCAAAGAAGCUAUCCACGUUAUCAGUUGUGGUUAUGAAGACAAAACGGAUUGGGGAAAUGAGAUUGGAUGGAUUUAUGGUUCCGUCACAGAAGAUAUUCUUACAGGAUUUAAGAUGCAUGCACGUGGCUGGCGGUCAAUAUACUGCAUACCUCCUAGGGCUGCCUUUAAAGGUUCUGCUCCUAUCAAUCUGUCUGAUCGUCUAAACCAAGUGCUUCGAUGGGCUUUGGGGUCCGUGGAAAUUCUUUUCAGCCGGCAUUGUCCUAUAUGGUAUGGCUAUAAUGGAAGGCUAAAAUGGCUCGAGAGAUUUGCAUACAUAAACACAACCAUUUACCCCAUCACUUCAAUUCCUCUUCUCGUCUACUGUACUCUGCCAGCUGUCUGUCUUCUUACCGGAAAGUUUAUCAUACCACAGAUCAGUAACCUUGCUAGUUUAUGGUUUAUAUCCCUCUUUCUUUCCAUCUUUGCCACGGGUAUACUGGAAAUGAGGUGGAGUGGUGUCGGAAUAGAUGAAUGGUGGAGGAACGAACAGUUUUGGGUCAUUGGUGGUGUUUCUGCCCAUCUUUUUGCCGUCUUCCAAGGUUUGCUUAAAGUACUUGCUGGAAUAGAUACCAACUUCACUGUCACAUCAAAGGCAUCAGAUGAAGAUGGUGAUUUUGCCGAGCUUUAUAUGUUCAAAUGGACAACUCUUCUCAUCCCACCAACGACUCUCCUCAUAGUAAACUUGGUGGGAGUGGUUGCUGGAAUCUCGUAUGCGAUCAAUAGCGGCUACCAAUCAUGGGGUCCACUCUUUGGUAAACUGUUCUUCGCCUUCUGGGUGAUUGUACAUCUUUACCCCUUCCUCAAGGGUCUGAUGGGGAAACAAAACCGAACGCCUACCAUUGUUGUCGUGUGGUCCAUUCUUCUUGCUUCCAUUUUCUCUCUAUUAUGGGUCCGAAUUGAUCCAUUUACCACGAAGGUUACUGGCCCUGAUGUCCAGUUUUGUGGAAUCAACUGUUAA